AUGGGCGUAUUCAAAGAUAUGGUCCUCAAGAGAGCGGCGGCUGAGCAGGCUGGUAUAUUUUCAGGAUCUAACCCAUCGGCCUACAACAGCAACGAUCCUAUUGUACUAUGGAUUAUCCAGGUCAUUGUCAUCAUGGCAAUGACUCAGCUGCUCGCGACUAUCUUUGGGCGUAUUCGACAGCCUCGAGUAAUCGCAGAAAUUAUAGGAGGCGUUUUCUUAGGGCCUAGUGUUAUGGGACGCAUACCAGGCUUUCAAAAUGCCAUUUUCCCUGUGAUUUCCUUGCCAAUGCUUACUCUAACCAGCAAUAUCGGUCUCGUCUUGUUCUUGUUCAUCAUUGGGAUGGAAAUUGACGGUACGGUCAUCAAGAAGAACUUCAAGGCCUCUGCAGGAAUUUCAAUCGCGGGCCUCGUCAUUCCAUUGGGUCUCGGAGCUGCUCUUGGCGUUGGGGUUUAUAGAGAAUUCACUGAUCCGAGCGUCAACUUUGGUUACUUCCUGCUCUUCACAGCUGUAGCCGUCGGGAUCACUGCGUUCCCCGUUCUGUGUCGUAUCCUCACAGAAUUGCAACUUCUCGACACGACCGUCGGCGUUGUUACAUUGGCCGCUGGAGUUGGGAACGACGUUGUUGGUUGGAUUUUGCUCGCCCUCACAGUAGCUUUGGUCAAUGCUUCUUCGGGUCUAGUUGCACUAUGGGUUUUGCUAACCGCGGUUGGGUAUGUUUUCUUCUUGCUAUACCCCGUGAAAUGGGGAUACCGGUGGCUCGCCAGGAAGACCGGUAGUCUUGAACAAGGGACUCCUUCAACUGUGAUGAUGACCGUCACUAUUCUACUUGUCUUCAUCUCUGCGUUCUUCACCGAUAUCAUUGGUAUACAUCCUAUCUUUGGCGGUUUUCUCGCCGGUAUCAUCAUCCCACACACCAAUGGCUACGGCAUUGCCCUUACUGAGAAGAUCGAAGAUAUCGUAGUCAUCUUGCUCUUGCCUCUUUAUUUUGCUCUCUCCGGCUUGAAGACCGAUCUUGGCCUCCUCAACGAUGGAAUCACCUGGGGCUAUACCAUCUUGAUCAUCGUUGUUGCAUUCAGCGCGAAAUUCUUCGCUUGUGCCGCGGCUGCUAAAGUGGCAGGCUUCAAUGCUAGGGAAUCCGGUGCAAUAGGUUCUCUCAUGAGUUGUAAAGGAUUGGUAGAACUAAUCGUCCUCAACAUUGGGUUGGACGCAAACAUUCUAUCUACUAGGACAUUCUCUAUGUUCGUUGUGCAUGCUAUCAUACUAACCUUCAUCACUACUCCGCUUGUCCUCCUCUUUUACCCGGCCAAACAUCGCAGUCGAAUAGUUGUAGAGGAUCUUGGCUCGAACAUCAUCGCCUCGAGCGAUCCAUCAACUGAAAGUGAUGAAUUCACGAACAAGUUUGCGUUAGUCCUUGAUCAAAUUGAUCAACUACCGGCUGCGAUGAUUGUGACUCGGCUUCUGUGCCCAACCAUUACAUGCACCGACUCCAAGGCAGAAAUAUCUGCUCCUUCACUAGACGAGAAGAGUCUCCCCAUUAUUCCUUAUCAAGCAUCAUUGCCAAUCACUCCUCUCCCAUCUCCCAUUUCACUCACUCUGCUCCGAUUAAUUGAGCUCAGCAACCGGACGUCUGCUGUGCUCAAGUCUCAUCUUGCUCACACCGACCCAGUUGUCAGCGUUUUCAAGACUUUUGCGUGCCUGUUGGGCGGCGGUCUCAAGGUACUCAAAUUGAAGGUCGAUAUCGAUGUCUCUCCUAGGGACGAAUUUACUGCAGUCAUCAAGGACCGAGUUCGGGAGAACGGCACUGGAAUGAUCGUGAUACCUUGGGCCAGUGGCUCUCAUUCCACCGAUGCCGAGGAGAGCGAGAUUCCCGGUGUCAGAAACCCAUUCGACAGCGUCUUCACAUCCUCGGAGUCGAAAGACCAAAUCAUGUCUUCGGUUCUAUAUUCCGAGUUUAUCCGAAACAUAUUCCUUACCGCACCUUGCGAUGUUUCUCUCUUCGUAGACCGCGGCCCAUCAGGCACCUCGACCACUUCGGGAGUGGGGCCAGACUCUCUCUUGGUCCUGCCAUUCUUCGGUGGUCCUGAUGACCGCUUAGCAUUGAAGAUGUUGGUAAAGAUAUGCGCUGGACAUGAGGAUGUGCGAGCAAUUGCGGUUCGAGUUUCCAGGGGUACACAAGAUGAAAACGAGGAGGAGUUUGACAAAAAACACGCUGCCGAAGUUUUCUUACACAAUACGAUUGCAGGUGCGGAUACCGUUUACGGUAACUUGAACACCCAAACUCGACUGGCGUCCGAUACAGCAGACAAUCUGAUAUGGGAACGUUAUGCCUCUUCAUUUGCCGCUGAACGAAACCCAUCGCUGUCCUCCGCUCUCUCUCGAAUCACAUUCGAAACGAUUCAAUCUUCGAAGCCCCUGCAUUCCGUAGUUGACUUCUUCUCUGGAAAACAGGUUCAGAGUACCGGGAGGACCGUUGUUGCGGUGCUCGGUCGCUCGAGGAGAAUGGCAGUAGAAAGAUUGGAUGGUGAGCUUCGGUCAAUUAUGUCUCAACGAAAUGCAGCUAUGGGGAGUACGGUCAAGAAAGCACUCGGAGAUGUAGGAGCUGCUUUGGUCGCAACUGGUGCCGACGCCAGCCUAUUGGUCGUACAGACCUGCGUUACUAGCUCAUAG